AUGGAUAAAAAAAGUGAAACACAACAACAAUCUGGCGUACCAGAUCGUCAAAAAGCUCCGAUUGCAUCAAACCAAUCACGAGAAAAUCUCGUUCGAUAUAAUUAUCAUGAAGACAACGAAGGUUUGAUCAAUCGCCAAAUCAAUUUGGAAUUGUAUGCUAGCUAUGCUUAUAUGGCUAUGGCACAUCAUUUCGAUCGUUCGGAUGUUGCUUUAAAAGGUCACCAUGAAUUUUUUAAAAAAAUGGCUGAAGAAGAACGUGAACAUGCAAAUAAAUUCAUGGAAUAUCAAAAUAAACGUGGUGGUACAAUUGUACUUUUAGAUAUUAAAAAACCAACACAACAAAGUUGGAAUUCAGCACUCGAAGCUCAUGAAACAGCAUUACAAUUGGAAAAAGAUGUUUAUCAAGCAAUACUUGAAUUACAUGCUUUUGCUAGCAAACAUAAUGAUCCACAUCUUUCAAAUUAUCUUGAAGAAGAAUUUAUUGAUGAACAGGUUAAAUCACUUAAAGAAUAUGGUGAUUAUAUCACCAAUUUACGACGUGUUGGUCCUGGUCUUGGUGAAUAUAUCUUCGAUAAAGAAGAACUUCAAGAUUAA